AUGCAAAAAAAAUACAAAAAAGGUGCGUCCGUUAAUUAUACCAGUCGUAAUCAAGCUUUACGAAAAUUACAAUUAACAUUAGCUGAUUUUCGACGAUUAUGUAUUCUUAAAGGCAUCUAUCCAGUCGAACCAAAAAAUCGACGUAAAGCAAAUCGUGGUCGUUUAGCAAAUAAAACAUAUUAUUUAGCAAAAGAUAUACGUUUUUUAACACAUGAACCGAUCAUUGAUAAAUUUCGUCAUUUAAAAUCAUAUCUUCGACGAGUAACAAAAGCAAAAGCACGUAAUGAAAAAUCUAGAGAAGAAACAUUACGUAAUAAUCGUCCAUUCUAUAAACUUGAUCAUGUUGUUCGAGAACGAUAUCCAUCAUUUGCUGAUGCUCUUAGAGAUUUAGAUGAUUGUUUAACACUUAUAUUUCUCUUUGCUAAUUUUCCAUUAUUGAAAAAACUUUAUGAACCACGUCUUCGUUUGUGUCGUCGUUUAUCUGUUGAAUUUCUUCAUUAUGUUAUUGCAAGUGGAUCAAUAAAAAAAUGUUUUAUAUCUGUUAAAGGUUAUUAUAUUCAAGUUGAAAUUCGUGGUGAAAUAAUAACAUGGAUUGUUCCACAUAAACUUGGACAUAAAAAUCCAGCUGAUGUUGAUUUUAAGAUAAUGGCGACAUUUUUGGAAUUUUAUACAACUCUUCUUGGUUUUGUUAAUUUUAAAUUAUAUUCUGAUCUUGGUUUAAUCUAUCCACCUAAACUUACGUUUUCAGCUACAACAUCAUUAUCAACACUUUGUUCUGAAGAUGAAUUUUCCGAUGAGUUUCUUGCUUCACUUGGUUUACCAAUCAUGAAAAAAGCAGAUGCAAAUCCAGUUGAUCAAGUUGAAGUUGAUCAAGAAGCUGCUCAACUUUUGGGUAAUACAGAAGGUGAUGAAGAAAAUCGUCGAAAAGAAGAAGAAACAAAAACUAUACAAAAACUAUUUUCUAAAUGCAAAUUUUUUAUUAGCCGAGAAAUUCCACGAGAAAUGUUUGCAUUUGUAAUUCGUGCAUGUGGUGGAAAUGUUUCAUGGGAUAAAACAAUGUGUCCUGGUGCAACUUAUGAUGUAAAUGAUGAAAGUAUUACUCAUCAACUUGUUGAUAGACCUAAAUUGAAUGAUAUGAUUGUGAAUCGCGCUUAUAUUCAACCACAAUGGGUAUUUGAUUCUAUUAAUGCACGAAAAUUACUACCAGUUGAUAGUUAUCUUCCAGGUAGUGUAUUACCACCACAUCUUUCUCCAUUUGUUGAAGAAAAAGAAGGUGAUUAUGUUCCACCAGAAAGAUUUGGUCAACGUCAACCAGACCAUGAUGUUGAAGAAGAAAUUACAAAACAAGUUCCUUCUAUCAAUCUUGUUGAAAACAAUGCUUAUUUAAAUGGUAAUCUCAAACGAAAACGUAAAGAUGAAGAAGAAACACCAGUACCAGCAAAACCAACUACAAAAGAACAACGAAAACAAGCAAUGCGUGUUGAAUCCGGUCAAGUACAAAAUAUUAAUGUACCAAAUAUUGUUAAACGUAAAGCUGAUGAAGAAAAACGUUUACUUGAAAUGACAAUACCAAAGAAACAAAAACGUUUGUAUGAUAAGAUCAAAUUUUCACAAAAGAAGAAACGACAAGAGGUGGAAAAAUUAACACGUAAACGCGCUAAUCAUGAAAACCGUGCAAAACAAGAUACAACAAUUGAUAAAAAAAAAUAA